UUGCUCCAGUGUGAGCCAGAUUCGAACCGGUGGAUUGUAUUUACACACGCCGUGUAUGUGGCUAACACGCCGAGCCACCUACAGAACACGUGAAAGCUUUCCUACAGUUCUUAUGUAUUGUUUCUUCUAGAUAGAGCACUGGAUUGUAAGUCUUGCAAAAUAAGUGUGAGCCCAGGGAUGGACUUCAGUCAUUUAAAAGAAACACUUGAGGCAAACCAGGAAAUGUUUGAAGGACAGAUAGUAAACAUCUCUCAGGGCCUCUCAAAGAAUAAGCAAGAUAACUUAACACCAGGCAACAAAAAACGUAAAUUUAAAAAAAAUGGAUACAAUGAUGCUGAACCAAAAAAGGAAGCUAAAUGCAAAACUUUAGCAAAAAAAAGAUCAAAGAUUGUGAGUGAAGCAACUCAACAUGACAACCAUGCCAUGCCAGAAACUCGCCCAAAGAGAAGAGCUGCCAGAGUUGCGUUAGAGUACCUUCACCAAAUCACCAAAGACCUAGAGUUUCCUGACAAAGCAAUCAGAAUGGAAGAUGAAAGCAGGCCAGAACAGAUGUCCAGUCCUGCUGUAAAAAAGACAUCUAAAGGCAAGGGGUGUAAAAGAAAAGCUUCAAACUAUAACAGCGACCAGAAUGAUGAUGCAGAUUUUGACCCAGAUGACCAUGAAGAGGUGGAAAGUGAGGUGGAUGAGGAUGAAGCAUAUGAAGUUUCAGAGUCAUGCUUGCCCCAGAAAAAAAGGUCUGGAUGUAAAUUCAAAGGGCCUGAACUCAAUGGAUUCCACAACUAUACCAUGCAACCUGUUUGGACGGCCUUUAAAAACACACAAAAAUUUCGUGAUGAUCAUUUUUCCCCCUGGGUAUUUUCUGAGUGGAUCCCUGCAGUCAGUGACUGGCAUCGGUUGUCCUUAAGUGAAGCAGAAACAUAUUUACCCCAAGAGCAGGAAUCAAUGACUUUUACCUUAUGCCGUGAAGGAAUCAAAGAAAAAAAUGCUCUGCAAAGAGUAAAAAGGUUUGAAUCCUUGCCACCUAACACAGAGAGGUGGGAUUCCCUGUUCUUUGCUGGGGGCCCUGUCUGGGCCAUGGAGUGGUGCCCUUGUCCUGAAGGUGCUGCACAUAAACAGUAUGCUGCCCUCUACUGUAACCGAAACAUGGAUGAUCGACACAAAAUGAACAUUCUUUAUGCAGAACAUGCACUACUUCAGCUCUGGGAUUUGGGCAGGCUACCUAUGAAUAAACCGUCAUCAUCUCCACGCUUAGCUUAUGCUCUGGCAGUGGAUGAUGGCUGCAUCUGGAACAUCAAGUGGUGUCCAUCAGGAGCAUGGGAACUACCUACUACUGAAAGGAAGGCCCAACACAUGCCUCGACUAGGACUAAUAGCCACAGCUUUUUCCAAUGGAACCAUUGCUGUUUACAGUCUGCCACACCCAGAGCCUCUGAUAGCUCAACAGCAAGCUACAGGUGACACUGUCCAAGAUCCAAUGAUAUAUCGGGUGCGGCGCAUCUUGACUAUAAAACUUGGCUCAAACCAGGAAGAUCACAAUGGUCGAAGUGGACAGUCCUUUUCCAUUGACUGGCUUCCUGUCAAGCCACACAACAUCUUGGCUGCUGGCUUUUCUGAUGGUAUGGUGGCAUUGUGGGAUCUGAGCACUAAGUCUCCCUUACAGAGAGUCAGAUCACCAGAUAAAGGUCUCUCUCUUUACCCCUACCACUGCUUCAUUGCACAUGACAACACUAUUCGCUCCCUCAGUUGGUGCAGGGCCUCAAGUGAGUUAAUGGUAACAGUAGGGGAUGACCGCAUGGCUAAACUGUGGAACCUUACGAAGACUUACAGUCCACUGAAGGCAAUAAAACGCUUUCUUCCCACAGAGGUAUCAUGGCCUGUUUUCUGGCCAGGAAUCUUUCUAACCCAAGAGUCCUGCUAUACCACGCUUGGACAGCAAGGGCUCCAUUACCUUGACUCAGGUUACUUUGGGCAAAAGCCUUUAUUUGUUUGUACAAGGAAGGCUACUGUAUGGAGUUUCUCUGUGUCUGACUGGAUGAACUCCUGUGUUAUUGGGGACAAUAUUGGAGAUUUUGUUUAUUCUCUGCUGUGUGACCCAAAAUGCAACUACAGCAACACCAAAAGACAUCGAUUUCCAGUCUACACAACAGAUAUAGUGCCAUUUGGGCCUGGUCAGAGUGUUCCAGAAUUUCAGGUAGAAGAGAAAAAUGAGGAAGAACAGGCAGGUCCCCAGCAUGAGCCCCAAAGCUAUAAAAGGGCUGUGAGAAAAUACUAUCUUCGCUUCCAGGACAUGGACCUUAGGUCUUUUUCAAAGUACCAUCAAAAGCCCAUAGUAAAGCAACUACAUGCCUCAGAGACUAAGGGUAUCCUCUUUGUAGACCAGAUGCCUUUAAAUGCAUUAUACAAGGUGCGCUUUAAUCCGAACAUGGAAGCUCACAGCUGGGUGCUUUCAGCUGGACAGUCAGGACUUGUGCGUGUUCACUGUGUUAGAGGUCUGAGUGGCCCUCUCAUGCACAAACUCAAUCAUGAGGCUCAAGCUCAAUUUAACACUAUGUUCUCUCAGGAAAAUGACACUGACUCUGAUACUGUUCAACACUGUACAGCCGCCAGCACAGUACAAGUGCCCUAGCUGCUUUUAGCCAUGUAAAAACAUUUGAUAAACUUGUAUAGGCUCAACAGUGUGAGUCACCCUUCAAAUUCUCAGUUUUAAUUCUUGAGAAUUAAAAAAAAAAAAAAAAAAAAAAAAAACAUUUUUUACCUUCUUUUGAGUAAUGAAGAAUAUUAGGCUAUUUUGGUACACGUUGGCGAAAAGCUUGCAGUUUUAUAUUUCCUACACUUUGUUUUUAUUAAUGUCUAUGCUGUACAGUUAUACAGAGAGGGAGUGGUGUCAUGGCAUCAAGAGUACUGAUAAGAUGCUGCAAUUUUUAAAAAAAAAUGUAUCCCUUUAUGCUUUUAUAUUUAUUAUUAUGUAUCAGUGUUUCUGUACUUAUUAAACAUGUCAACAAUAUAUUUUUGAGUUCCUAUUGCCUUGUGGCAUAGUUGUUUUUAAAUAUGUUUGAUAUUUUUUGUGGUUUUAAUGGUUAGCAUGUAGUGGUCAUUUAAUUUAUUUGAACAACUAAACUAUGGCUUUUAAUAGCCAAUAUAGCUUAUUUUCUUUGGACUAUCGAGCUCAAAACUACUGUUCCCUUUUGCCUUUAUUUACUAUACAGCAAGUCAAAUGUUUAAAAAUUAAAUUGAGAGUUUCCUUACUUGACAGUUUUGCAAGUGGAAUUUUAACCCAUUCUUGCUUAAUACAAGAUUUGGGUCGCAUCAGCGUCAAUGGUACCUUUACACACAUGCCAUGGUCAUUGAUGCCCCCAAUACUAUCACAGAUAAUUGGCUUUUGCACCAAAUGCUGCUAACAGUCUUGAUGACCCAUUUGAUUUUUGGCCUGAAAAACUUGAUGUCUGUUUUCCCUUAAGUUGAAAAUGGUCUCAUCUGACCACGCCAUGUGCUUACACAGUAUUUAACUCCAGCGAACUCUGUGGCAACCGCUUCUUUUCACUUGACAGAGGCAGGGUUUUAGUGCAGCAUCACAUUCGGAGAGCCACGCACGUUCCCUGCUCGACCCUUUCCCUCUCCUGCAGAUACAGCCAGUCAUGUAUAAGCGCUUAGUGGGUCGAUAGCACAUCUGAGAUUUUGUUCAAACAUUUUUGAGUGUGUGAAUGUGUUUACAUUUACAAAAUAAAAUUAAGUUGGUCAGUGAAAAUCUUUUCUUUGUACUUUUGUCAGUUAAAUAAAAGAUCAAGAAAAUUAAUAAAUCAGUUUCUUGUAGUUACUCCAACUUACAAAAUGUCCCAACUUGUACUUUUUAAGGGCUGUAAAAAGAGUUGUAAAAAUAAUUUGAAUCUAGAAAUCUAGAGUAAAAAGCAAAUAGCUGAUUAUAAUAAUUUUAAUAGUUAGUUCCAUCCACAUUUAACAAUAAUAUAAUGUAUUGUUUAACCACAAAACAUUUACACAGAGGACAGUGUUUAUACAAAAAGCAAAAUAUAUACAUGAAAUUGUAAAGACUUUCACAUUACAAAUGCAAAUAUUACACAGAAAUACAGAUUUGAAUAAUACACAUAAUUAAUUUUUUUAAAUGCUCAAAGCAAUAAAACAUUGAAUUAGUUCCACUGCGAUCUGUUUUAUGGUAGUGCACAUAUUAACCACAGUAUGCAUGAUGGCCACUUUUUAGUUUAUUUAAUUUGAAUAAAGUUCAACACACUGAAAUUUCUUUUAAGUGUUAAUGUACUGAAAAUGUGUAUACCGUCUUGUAAAAAUCAAUGUAAAACAUGUCAAAUAAGUGUAGUGAAUUAAAGUAAUGCUACGUUUACUCAGAAUAA